UAAAAGCCAGCAGAGGCUGGUCAAAGUGUGCAUCCGAUUGUUCAAACGAUUGAUAGCUAGAACAGGUGUGUACAUCUAAACAUGUUCUCUGUAUGAUAAUACUGUAUACAUCAGGGGUGUCCAAACUACGCGAAGUAUUUUAGAAAUAGAAUGAAAGUUGUCCCGCUGUUAAGCAGGUUUUUAUAAUGUGAGAUUCAAAGUUUGAACGCUAGGUGUCAGAAACGGGCCAAAGAGUCGGAGAGGGUGCGCAUUUCUAGCGCAGAAAAACUGGGCAAAAGAGUCUAAAAGCGGAGAGGGUGCGCAUUUCUAGCGCAGAAAAACUGGGCCAAAGAGUCCAAACGUUGCCGUAAUUACGGAGUUUUAUAUUAAGAGACAUCAUGAAAUUAAACAUCAACUUGAAAAAUCUUAGUUUACACAACACUGUUAAAGAUAAAGAUAGUUAGUCAAGUAAAAUGGUGUGUAAAUGAAAUAAUCAGGAAAAAAGUAUUAUUUAAAGUGGAAUAUUUCACUAUUUGUGUUGUUACAGAGUGUGGCUCGUGACUUCAAAUAUAUUUCUCCUUCUGGCCCCCAACAAAAAAAGUUUGGACUCCCCUGGUCUACAUCAUAUUACAGACAGACAGAGUGUCCCUUUUCACCCCUUUGCACAAGGAGCCUUUUGGCAGUGUGGGCAGGGCACCAAAACCUCCUGGAAAAUGAAAUCCACAUCUCCAUAAAAGUUGUCAGCAGAGGGAAGCAUGAAGUGCUGUAAGAUUUUACGGGAAAACACUGCACUGAUGUUGGACUAAAACACAGUGGAUCAACACCAGCAGAUGGCAUGUCUCUCCAAACCAAAAUUACUGAUCAUCAGUAAAUUUUACAUUUCAUUUGUAAAUCGAGGAAGCAGAGUCUGGAGGAAGAGUGGAGAGACACACAGUCCAAGCUGGCCCCAUCUGGAAAAAAAAAGUUUAAACACCCCUACCAUAGAAGGACCAUUCUGGUCAUGGGAAAGGAACUAGUAUCAUGUCCUGUCACGUUUGUCAUGACCUGUGAGAUAAGUGCCGCCUGCAUUGAAUGUGGAUGUGGUUUCUGCCAGUGUUGCUUUCCGCACACAGACACUGGUUUGGUAUAGUUCUAAAUGUUUAAUACUUUAGUUAUUGCAUGUUUCAGUGUACAGUUUUAGUUUGGCUUCUUUAGCAUUACUUUUUAACAGUCUGAAGACAACUGUGAACUUACUGGUGCUUUGAGACUGUAGAAGCGGCUAUAUUUGUGUUGUAGGCAUGAUGAUCCCUGGUUCUUACAGUGUGAACCCCAGUGUAAAGAAAUGUGUGUUGCUAAGUUUCAAUUCAACCCGUUUCGAUGAACAUUUUUCAUGUUUCUUUCUUUACAUAUGAAUUUUGCCUAACAUCUAAAGCAAAUCCCCUUUAAUAAAGGUCAGGGAUUUCCGUGGGGGUGCCCUUUCUGUGAAACACAGAGACUGUGAUGCUGUAAAUGUCUGUGAGUUUGAAAACAAACAAAAAUACUUCAUGGGUGGAUGAAACAGCCUACUUGUCACACUCACACAACACACGCAGACCACUUUUUUUUGUGUGUGUGUGUGUGUGACUGAGUGAGUGAGUGAGUGAGUGAGUUUCCUGUCUCUGUUGCCAGUGUAUCAUUAGCUAAAUGCACCUCAGCAAAGGAAGCCAGAGUGAGAUGAGCAGCAGCAGAACGAGAGCGAGCUGCAGAGAGGUGUUACUUCUCCCUCACCAAGGUGAGAGAAAAUGGCUGCCGGUGUGAACCACCAGCCUGCGGGGGUGGAGCUGGACUCGCUGGACUCGGGCUUUUCCUCAACGUUCUCUGAGAUGUCCAUGGGGACAGAGCCGCCUCAUCGAGGGCCCAUCAAGAUCCGCUUCCAGAUUGGCCUGUUUAAAGAGGGAGUGAAGAUUCCUGAAGGCCGACUGAGUUUCAGAAGCGCCAAGCGAAUGGCAGCUGAGAUUAUCGAGAAGAAGGCUCCAGACUGGAGUGUAAUCGGUGUUGGUGAGAAGCUGCUGCUGUUCAGACACGACCCCGACACAGAGCAGGUUUUACACCGACUCACAGAGCAACACUACCUGCAUGACGGAGACCUGGUGGAGGUGGUCCUCGCUGCUUCUGCUUCGGUAACUGAGGUGAAGUUCCGCCCUCACUCCCUGGUGGUCCAGUCGUAUCGCACGCCUACGUUUUGUCACCACUGUGGGGAAAUGCUCUGGGGGCUCGUCCGACAGGGCUUAAAAUGUGAAGGUUGUGGUUUAGAUUUUCAUAAACGCUGUGCUUUGAUGUUGCCGAACGACUGCUCGCGUGUGUCCAGGCUAUGCGGGCCCAGCCUGUCUCUGUUUCCUCCUGCUCGACCGCGUGCUACAUCUCUCUCCAACCACACCGGAGGCAGCCUGGAGGAGAUCAGUCUGUCUAAGCCGUCCCGGUCUCGUCCUCCGUCCUGGGCAGACAGACCAGUGUGGUUAGGUGUGUGUGAAGGAGGAAGGGGGAGCAGGCCAUUGGUACCUCACACCUUUCACAUUCACACCUACACCAAGCCCACCAUGUGCCAGUACUGCCACAAGCUGCUCAAAGGCCUCUUCCGUCAAGGCCUGCAGUGCUCUGACUGCAAGUUUAACUGUCACCGGCGCUGUGAGUCUCAGGUUCCACCGGACUGCAGAGGAGAGAGAGCUAAUGGAGAAGAAAGUAGCAUGGGUCAGGAGGCGGAGUCUGAGGAGGACAUCGCUAUAGAAGCAGUGAAUGCCAUUUAUGAGGAAUAUCGCUUUAAAGACCCUCCGCACCUGAUGGAGGAGCCCCCACCACCACCUGCUAUUGGGCCGUGUUUCAGCAGUAAUAUUCCCCUCAUGAGAGUGGUACAGUCAGUCAGGCACACCAAGAGGAAAUCCAGUGGCGUACUGAAGCAGGGCUGGCUGCUGCACCACACCAAUAUAGAUACACUGAGGAAAAGGCACUACUGGAUUCUAGAUGUGAAGAGCAUCACACUGUACCAGAGCGAGAACAGCAGCAAGUACUACAAGGAGCUGCCACUGUCUGAAGUGCUGCAGGUCAGAGGACAAGGCCAGCUGACUGUUCCGCUCGCGCCGGGGGAUAGCGGGCAUUCGUUUGAGCUGGUGACGGGUUCUCUGGUCUACUGCGUGUUUGCAGACUCUGAAGGACCAUCCUGGGAGGCUGCUAUCAGACUAGCUCUGAGGCCACUGGAGGACGGCUUUCACACCGCGGCAGAAUCAGCAGAUGCCAUGGACGUUGGUGGAGAAAUUCGGGAUGUUAGUGCUCUGUAUCAGAUUUUCUCAGAAGAUGUGUUGGGAUCAGGCCAGUUUGGAGUAGUUUAUGGGGGUACGCACAGACAGACAGGCCGGCCAGUCGCCGUCAAGGUCAUUGAUAAAACUCGCUUCCCCGCAAAGCAGGAGAGACAGAGCAGAAAUGAGGUCUCCAUACUGCAGAAUCUGUCCCAUCCUGGGGUCAUUUUACUGGAGGGCAUGUAUGAGACAGCUGAGCACACUUUUGUCGUCAUGGAGAAGCUCCAUAGUGACAUGUUGGAGAUGAUUCUGUCCAAUGAGAAUGGCCGACUGCCUGAGCGCAUCACACGCUUUUUGGUUAUGCAGAUCCUAGAGGCUCUGCGGUACUUACACCUGAAGCACAUCGCUCACUGUGACCUCAAGCCUGAGAACGUGCUGCUAGCGUCUCCAGACUCGUUCCCGCAGGUGAAGCUGUGUGACUUUGGCUUUGCUCGAAUCAUCGGUGAGAAGUCUUUCCGGCGCUCAGUAGUGGGGACCCCCGCAUACCUGGCUCCAGAGGUCAUCAGCAGCAAUGGCUACAACCGCUCUCUGGACAUGUGGGCGGUGGGGGUUAUACUCUAUGUGAGCCUGAGCGGAACCUUUCCCUUUAACGAGGACGAGGACAUUCACCAGCAGAUCACCAACGCCGCCUUCAUGUUCCCCCGCCAGCCGUGGUCACUCAUCUCUCUGGAGGCGAUGAGUUUGAUUAAUAACCUGCUGCAGGUGGUGGUGCGGCGCAGGUUCAGCGUGGGUAAAGCUAUGGGGCAUCCCUGGCUCCAGAACUUCCAGCUGUGGUGUGAUCUGCGUGAGUUCGAGCAGAGGAUGGGCCGCCGGUAUCUCACUCAUGAGUCUGAUGAUGAUCGCUGGAGAAGCCAUGCUCUGGAGAAAGGCCUGCCUUUCCCCUCACAUCUAACAGCAGAGCCCUCUGAAGAACUGAGCAUGUAGCUCAGCAUAACUGUAAAACUGUGUUACUGUUUAAAUGUGUAUAUUGUGCAAAAUGUAAAAAGCAUUUUUAGUAUUUUUUAUUGUGUACAUAUGUUUACCUGGUUGUUCUUUUAAUAAAAAUACAAUAAGGUUC